AUGGCGUCCUCCAGCGCCAUGGCUCCCACAGCUCCGGAGUUCUGGUGUAAAAUCUGCAAGUUACCGUUCACGACUGAUGGUGCCUUCAAGAUUCACAAGGUCAAUAGUGAUCGACACAUCUGCUGCGACGUCUGCGGCGCUGACUUCAAGAGUGAAGAGGGCAGAAAGAGACAUCGGGCUGCUCACCAUGCUGAAGAGCAAGACUUGACGUGCAAAUUCUGCGGUCUCAAUUAUCCACGCGUUGGGAGCUUGAUCAAUCACUACGAAGAAUCUCAAUGUAAGCAGGUGUCGAAGGAAGUAUUUAAACAGGCCAUUAAGGACAUCAUGGCUCGCGACACUGCAAAGAGAAAAGCCCACAACUUCGUUGACAUUCGACGAUCUGGCGACUCCAGCGGCCAAGAACCCCUUCCACCACUGCGUAACGCCUCAAAUUCCUCACCUGCUUUCAUGACAAAUGACGGCAUUGAAAAUGGAAGGUACGCUGGUAACGCUACUCAAGGCAGUGGUUCUCGACUGUCUAGCGGAUCGAAUGCUGCUUACCAGGACAGUGGAUGGCAAGCAGCUGGGGAUUCUGAGGCUACUUCCAUGCAACAAGGUGAUUGGUCUGGCACUAAUCCACAGCGAACUAGUUUGACUGGUGCAACAGGUUUUGAAAGCAACAAUCCCCUCAUCAGUGUCAUUCCAGAUUUCCCAAUCCGCGAAGAUGAGGAUCUGAUCUCUUUCGAUGUUUCUGAGGUUCUCAAUUCUCCAUGGUCCGUUCCGGCCUCCGAAGCGCUGAAGAAUGUACAAAGGUACAACAGAGCCAAAGAUUUUCCAGCUUUGGGCGGUAAUGCUGUCAAUCAAAAGCCCGGUGAGAAUAUCAGCCGUGGACUCGUUCAAGAUAUUACUCAGGGUGUUACUCAAGCUCCUGUCAACCGAGGUGUACCUCAGACAUGGAUUACUGGAGCAAAUGCGAAUGCCACUACAAACAGUGGGGGUGGUGGUCAACGUGUCGUACCAGAAUCGUCAAACCAUGGCCACCCUCAUCAUACCUGGGGUAAUGCUGGAUCUAGCCUCGCUGAAUUUGUCAACCAAGAAGUGGUAAAUCAAAAAGGCCAAGCUUUCGGUCAAAACAACACCCAGAAUGUCAUGUCAGGUGGAGGGAGUCAGGACUCUACUGGUCGUGGACCACCUCAUACUUGGGGCAGAUCCAAUACUACCUCUUUUUCCACAACACAAGCCACUCUCGCCUCAACCAAUCGCGACCUACCAAACAACAGCAAUUUUAAUGGCUAUAGAAGCGAAAUUUGGAACAAUUCUGGUAAUGAAAGCAUUAAAGGCAACUCCGCAGCAGCUUCCAAUUCACAGCCUGGUGGUCCAGUGCAGAAUCCCUGGGGCAAGAAGAACUUGUUUCCAGACGCGCCAGCUGCAGUAGCACCACCUGCUGACCUCUUGUCUUCCCUCAAUAUUAAUACCGGCCCAUCACUCUCUAAGAAGGUUUACAGAAUGUUCGAUCCUGUAGAUCCAGCAUUCAAGGCUAGUAAAUUCUACGUCCAGAUCAUUGGCAGAUGGAAGUGCCCCCACAAGGGUUGCAAGUAAGUCAGCCGUUUUGUUUAUCAGCAAUAUGCUAAUCACGUCAGCGGCUCGUACAAAUCUCAAAAUGCCUUCAUUGCCCAUCUCAAUUCCCCUGCACAUUCAGACGAGAAAUACCAGUGCCUCAAAUGCCUUCGAAUCUACGACUCAUUAACCGCUCUCACUCAGCACUCGGAAAGCCAAGGAGUUCGGUGCAACGUUCGAGAAACUGAAGAUUUCGAGUCUGUUGUUCGGGCAAUCACUGCUGACACCACUACAACAAAUGGCAGAAUGGCUGAUGAUACCAUUCGCUAUGAAAUCAAUCCUGACGCUGAACUUUCCAAGGCAAAGAUGACCGAAAAUUACCGUGCUGCUGAGAGAGAAAAGAAUGAAGCUAAGAAGCAUUACUGGGAUAAUCGGAGAGUUGCAUGGUGAGCCACCACUAGCCAAACCAAUUUCCACAUCGAGUGGCUUUACGAAAGCUAUUUUUAGCCCAUCUUCCUGCUAGUUUCGAUCUUUCAUAUAAUGAAUCACGGCUGUUGAUCUGGACGGAGUUGGGCUUUACUACUUUAGUCCAGUCAUCUUCUCGAUCUACGACGGAAAGGGAUAUCAUAAUAUCAUAAUAUCGGGUCGGACGUUGGCGCUCAUGUGUGCUUGUUUUUUUUUUUGCGUUUAGGUACUGCAAACUCUACGCUUCGAUCAACUCAACCUUUUUGUUGACAUCGUGGUGGC